AUGGUGCAUGGCCAGGUAGUGGAAAUCUCUGCCGCAGAGACAAAUGGGGACGCCUGUCAUGCGUUGCUCCGCAAUUGCGGCAGCAAUGCCCCGCUUCAGCUUCAUCACGACAUCCAGGAUCAAGUCGAAGGGAAGUCCUUCGAUCAUAUCACAGACUGCUUCACUCCUGUCUGCACCCCCGGAGAACCCGUGCACCUGUACUUCGCCGGCUGCCCACACAACUCUGGGUCGAGUGCCGAUGAGGAGAGUGCCAAGUCGCAUGCGGAGGCUCUUUGCAGCAUGAUUGCCGACUUCAUGCCCCAGUGCUUCAUCGUGGAGAACCUGGUGGACAGUAGGUUUUCCGAGAUAUUUCGCACUCGUGCCGUUGGCGAACAGUACGAGUGGUUCGCCUUGCCGAUGAACUGUCACCCUUUGCCCACUCUGCGCUCACGGGUUUACACCAUUGGGGCCAAGGUGGGUGUGAAUCUGGGUCCGAACGGCUUCCAGGGCAUGAAGCGGAAUUUGUAUGAAUUGGUGGCCAAAAUUGCUGCAAUGCCCCUGCACCACUUCGAAGCUUUCCUCCAGGGAACGGAGGACCGUGUUCGGGAGCCCAUGCGCCGAUGGCUCGAUGCAGAGGCUGAGGCUAAGUACACCAGUUGCUUCAAAGAAGCAAUCGGCAGGGCUAUGGACUGCAAGGCUAUCCCCAAGGACUACAAGAUGCUACUCAAGCAUCCCGACAGCCGUGUAUCUUCGCGGUGUCCCGACCUUGAGCCUUGGAUCUCUGCCCAGAUCGAUGCGUAUGAGCUCGUCAUUGCUUACUUGUUGAAGGGCUCGGAGAUGACAGAGGAGCAAAAGGGCAAGCUGCACAUCGUAGCCGAUGUCGGCCAAACCUGUGGCCGAGGGAAAAUCGCUCUGUUCGGAGACUUACCAGCUGUGGCCUCUUCCUCGCGGUGGUUUUCUUUUAAAUUCCACAGGUUCUUGAGCACUACUGAGAUGGCUUCGUGUAUGGGCUUCCCGCACAGCAAGAAGAAAGCUGCGUCCGUGCCAGUUCCUGCUGCAGAGGAGAAUAUGGCUUCGUCGCAUCCGACCAUGCUGGCACUGAUGGACAAAUGGACAGCAACCUCUUUCCAGGAGUGGCUGAAGCAGCAGCCCAUGGAGCCGCAGGCCUUUGGAGGCCUGCAAGCCUUUGACGAGCAGGGCUUCGUUGAGGCUAUGCACUCGGGAGGGGAGUACAACUGCACCGUCCACGCAUCGUCCAUCCUGCCGAGCACUUUGACUCACAGUCAUUUGGUCCCGGGGAUGUCUGCUGUCCAGCGGGUGAUGGACAACUUGUGGUGCCGCGAGUCGGCUUCCUUUCAUGGUUUGACAUGGCAGGAGAUAACGUACAUCGGGGCCUGGUCCAAGGAGGAGGCUCCGGCUAUGGGCAGCCUACAGCCUUUGAGUCAGGAUGUACAACGGCUUGGCUUCUGGAUGCGGUUACUUCAAGCCCAUGAAGAAGGAUGGGCCAGCGAGCUGGCUCUCGCGCUGCGCACAAUGAAAGUGUGUUUCGUGUUCGUCGCCACGGCAGAAAAGCUCGAGUCCAAGAAAUGGGAGCUCUCCGCGAAGCAGGACACACUUGCCGAGACAGCCAUUCUGCGUGGAUGGAAACGGGUCUUGGGGAUUGUGCACUUAAAGUCGCAGAUGGUAUCGCGGUGGCUUGCCAAGGAAAAGGUGAUCGUGUCAAAGGAGCAGAUUGGUGCCAUGGUCUUGGUCAGAAGGCGUGUCGGUGAGGCAGACCUGGACAGCUUUAUGACCGAGAUGGAGGAGCAGCACGGAGUCGAUCACCUUCUCUCGAAGUACGGUACGAUCGAGAAACUGUGCCAAUUGACCAACGUGAAAAGUGACGCGAAGCUCAGCAAUGCGCUCCUUGCAUAUGCCAUGCAUGAUAUCCGCGAGCGCUUGAAGAACUUCGUUCUGAGCAACUCUGAGACGAAGCAGGGUGUGCUUGCAAGUGCAAAGGGAUCCCUCCUAUCACGCCGAAUCCUGUUCUACCUCAUCAGCAAACUCAGGCUAGCCAGGAGUGAGAUCAAGGCCUGCCCGGAGGACCUUGGCCUUGCCACCAACCUCCGUUCGGCAGCAGGAUUCUUUUCGAAUUUUCUGUCCCACAAGGCUUACCACGACUCCGGCUUGACGACCCUCGCUUCGGACAAGACGUGGCUGUCCCAGCUGCUGCCCUACCAGAGGGAUAGUUUGCAAAGUCUCCGAUUGCUGCUGGAACCGAGCCCUGCAAUGUGCAAGCUCCUGGAGGACACGGUUGAGAAGAACCAACACAUCAGUGCUGAAGAAGUCCUGCAGCAGCCACGCUGGGAUUCGGAACUCUCCUUGCAGAAGCUGCUCAUUGCGAAGGAGAGCUGGCCUCAGAAUGUAAUCUCGCCCUGGCAGGAUCUGGAUGCCCUGCAUCCAGCUCCUGUGGUUGAAGCACCUCCCGUGCAGAAGCUGGCCGAUGAGAAGAAGGUUGACGAAGAGGCCCAGGCGAAGGAUGCAAACCAGUCGGCGGAGACCGCUGCAGAGAUUGAGUCUGAUGACAAGAUGGUGUGCCACGAGCAAGACAUCCAGGCAAUGCCUUGCGAGAUCGUGGAGGCUCAGAAAGCAGAGCUGACGGUCAGCGAGAUCAUGCAGGAGGUGAUUCACGACUUGGUGUUGCCUACGUGGCUUCUGGACAUCUUCAAGAAGGUGACACCAGAGGUGCUCAAGACGAUGAUCGAGUCUGCCACGUCCCGUCUUGGACUUAUAAGCUUGGAGUGCUGUGCGGACGCCUGGGUGCACUUCGAGGUGAUGGAGAAUACUUCCCUGCCCAAGAUGAUCCAAAAGUACUUGGCUCAGGAUGGGAGCAAGCUCAUCAUUAUGGACGGGAAGCACCUCGGCCAUGGCCGGCAGGGACACUCGCCUGGUGUACCGCUGCCGUUCAUGCGUGCUGUGCUUGGCAGUGUCCUGGAAAUUGCGGAUGAGGAGGCGGUUCACUUCAAGGGGGACAACAUCCUCCUAGUCACCGACGGCCGCAACAACAAGUGCGAGGCGCAGCUGAAGAAGGAACUCAAGCUGGGGACGAAGAAAGCACGCAACAUCUGCAAACGAAAAGGCAUUCUGCAGAUCCGUUGCCUGUAUCACCUCCGGGAGUUCUCAAGUUCAGGACAUUUGGCGAUCAAAUCCAAGAAGGUGCUGCAUGCACAGCUGGCGGAACCGCUAGAAAACUGGAUGGUUUUGCGAGGGAAAACCUGUGCAAUCCCUGCGAUCCCUCGCAAGCACGUGGACAUGGGCGAGUCGUCGUCGCGUUCAAUCUCGAAUCUGAGCCUGAAGUCGAAAGAAGAGUGCGAUCUGUGCCUGGUCAUGCCGAAUGUCAUGGAGAGCAUCUACUCCACAUGCUGUCAAAUCUUCGAUUCAACUGGUGGCAAGCAAGCUGAAGAGAAAGAGGAGAAGGUCACAUCCGACACAGAUGAGGCCGCCAGCGGGGAGAGUGACAAGGAGAUGGAUCCUGUGCAAGACCCCGGCAUGCCAUGCUAUUUGUUUCCGAUGGGCAACAGCGAGGCUGCCUCCCGGGAGAUGCUGAACCUGUUCGGUGGCAAGGACAAGCAGAAGCGCCAGUGCUUGGACAUCUCGCCAGGCUCGGGCAGCCUGGCAUGGGCUUGCGCAAGAGAUGAGUACCGAUACACGGGCCUCGUUGCUUCGGCUCAGCAUGGCCGAGUGUUGCGGAGCAGUUUGAUCGCACUGAUUCUGAAGGAGAUGGUGCUCGGCCGCAAGGAUGGUGGCUUCUGCAACAGACGUUUUUUGUCCAAAAGUCGUUCCUUGGGAUCAACGAUCGACGAGGAGCAGCACCGGAUGCCAAGCAAUCAGCCCUUGGUCCAGCAAACUCUUUUCAAUGUGAUCAAAGAACAGGCGCCUGCAAGUGAAGCGCCCCAGCCGCUGAAUUCCGGCGCCACACCGCCUCCGAUUACCGAUGUGAAGCCACGGCACAGUGGCAGCAAGGAAGAUGACAGCUUCUCAGAUUGA